AGUGGGGAGAAGAUACUACAAACUGUCAGAAUGAGCGGCAAUUCUCAAGGUCCAUAUUCUACAUCUUCAGUCUCUAAUUCUGAAAUGUACACCAAUGGGGAGAAGGUGCUACGAACUGUCAGAGAGAGCAGUUCUCAAAAUCCACGUUCUGUAUCCACAAUCUCUAGCCUUGAAAUGCCUGGCACUUCAGACCCCAGUGCUUCUUCUUAUAUGAUAGUGCCUGCAGAUUCCCAACAAAUGGAUCUGUCAACCCAAGACACUGAUGAAACUAAAGCAACAGAUAGACAUUCUCAGUCACCUUCAGCAACUACAGUGACCAAUCAGAUGUCCACGGAAAGCCCACAUACUAGAGAGAAGUGCAAAACACCUUUCUGCUCAUGUUCUCAAGCAACUGAGUCUUAUGCCAGAGCCAUGGAAGACACUAAACACAUGAACAGCAGAUCAAACACAGGGAGCAAAAUAUCCAGUUCUCACUUGGACAGUGUAACUGUUUCAAGAGUAUUAGUCAGAGAUGAAGAGAAGUCCAAGAAUGUAACACAAACAUUCACCACUGCUAACACUUCCAACUUUUCAAGGCUUUCAUCCAGAUCAGAAAAGACGGAACAAAUGGGUUUGUUGCACAGGGAUUUUGUUGUCACUAAAGAAGCAUUUACAAUUUCUCAGGCCCCUACAGAACAGAACAGUCAGCCACUGAGCAGCUCAGAUAUCAAGAGCAUUGCUUCUAAUUUGUACACAGAGAACAGAUCUGACAGAAGUGGGAACAGGAUAAUACAAACUCUGGGGCACACCAGUAGUUCUUACCAUCCAGAGUCAAUAUCCACAGCUUCUGAGAGUGAAAUACCCAGCAGUUCAGCUCUUACUGAUUCUUUUUCUGUGUUGACUCCAGUUCGAACCAGACAAAAUAAUUUAUCACCUGGGUUCACCAAUGUCAUAGAAGCAGAAAGUACACAUCCUUGGGAUUCCUCACAAGCAACAGAUGCAGAAGAUAGCCACUUGAGAAGCAGUUCUUAUAAAGAGAACAUUCCCACUUUUCAGAGAGAUGGUGUAUCUGUUUCAAGCCUAUCAAAAAGAAAUGAAGGUAGUACCCUACGAACCGCAAGGGAUGUCAGCAGUUUUGAAAGUGACACACGAACAUCUGCUGUUGCCAAUACUACCAUCUCCAGCAAUUCAGAUUUUGCUCAUUCUUUUCAUAUGAAAACUCCAGAAGAGAUUGGCCCAGAUUUGUCACCUGAAGACACUGAUUUUACUGAAGGAAUGCUUACACCUUCUCAGGCUCCUUCAAAAACAACAGUUGAAGAGAAUGGUCAGUCGCAGAGCAGCAGCUCAAGUACAGAAGGCAUUUUCUCCACUUAUCACCUGAACAGCUUUUCCACUUCAGUUCUAUCUGGCUUAGAUGGGGAGAGGACAUUACGAACCCCGAGAGAUGUCAGUAAUGCUCACGAUGUAACACAAGGAUCCAUAGCCUGGCACAAUGAAACCUCUAGUUCGUCAGGCCUUACUGGCUCUUCUUACCUGUUAACUCCGGUAGAAACAGAUUUAACUCCUCAGAUCACUGAUUUCACUGAAGGAGCAAGCGCUCAUUUUCAAGCUUCUUCAGAAAAAAUAGAUGUAGGAAGCAGUGAUCCACCAAGGAGCAGCUCAAAUAUAAAGACCAGAUUUUCCCAUUCUGAUCAGGACAGUGCAUCUGUUUCAGGCUCAUCAGACAGAGAUGAUGAGAUCACACUAUCAACUUCAAGACAAGUCAAGAAUGUUUUUAAUAUAACCCAAAUAUCCAGUUCUAAGAAUGAUAACAUCACUAGCUCAUUCAGUGUUGCUGAUUCUUCUUAUACAAUGACACCAAAAGACGCCACAGAAAUGAAUUCAUCAUCAUCUGGGAAUAAUGAUUUCACUGAAGAAGCACUUACAUAUUCUGAGGCUCCAUCAGAAACAACAGACACCAAAAGUAGGCCACAUGCCUUGAGUAACUUCGAUAUAGAAAAGAAGGCCACUCAGACUGAGAAUACGUUCUCUUCUACUGUGAUCCAAGAUGAGACCUUUGGAUCUUUAACUAAUCAGAGCAGAUCCAUAGACACAACGGAAUUGUCAAGGUUUGAUCUGAAAAAUGCUAGUUCUUCUGUGAUCAUCCAGACAUUGUCUGCCACAUUGCAAAGUAGAAAAGAAAAUCCCCCCUCUACUGAAACGGAUUUCACAGAAACCCUAAAACAGUCUACUUCAUCAAAAGCUUCAAGUUAUCCAUCUUCUACAAAAGAUUUUUCAAGCUCUACAGACCCUUUUCAAACCAUUAAGGGAUCCGAGGUGGGAAGAAGGUUUUCGAUGGCUUCAACAGACAGUAUCUAUCUAUCAACCACAUUUGUUCAUGGGGCAGAAAGGACUUUACGAUCCCUGCCGGAUAACAGCACGUCUGAUGAUGCAGCAAAUAGCAACCCUUACAAUCCCCAAACUUCCAAAUCUUCAGGGGAAAGCUUGACUUUGUCUUCACAGCUUGAAACAGAAACGUAUAAUGUCUCACUAAGCAAAGUGCAAUCUAUUGGGCCUUCAACUGAGCAUUCACUGGAAUAUUCCUCUGGAGUUACUACAGCCCUGUCACCAAAUAAUUCAGCAACUACUGGAAGCACUGAUAAUUCAACUAGUGGGCCAAGAGUUCUGCCUUUUCACACGAUCAGUACUGGUAGUUCAGCCCCAUUCAGUGAAGGUGGAGAGCAAACUACACCACCUACAAUUAACACUACAGUGAUGGAAGAGACUGAAAGUGUCUCCUCAUAUAUGGAAACUUUUGACAGCACAAGAUCAAAACCUUCCUUGUCCAAGACAUACUCUAGAAUGACACAUUUCUCUCUAAAAGAUUUGGAUGUCUCUCCAUCUUCAACUGAGGCUUUCCAAAUACUUAGCUCAUCAACUGAUUCUUCUUCCAAAAGUGAACUUUCAGACGCUGGAACAGAAUACCAGCCAAUGAGUGGGACUGACUUUGGAACAGAAACCUCUGUUUCUCAUACUGACAGCACAUACACCUUAACUACCUUUGCCAAGGGUGGAGAAAGGACAUUGCUGUCUCUUCCAAACAACAGCACAUCAUCUGACUUCUCAGGAAGUUCCACUUUCUCUGCGGAGAUAUCCAGCGCUUCCGAGUUAGUUCAGUCUUUCUUUCCAAGUGACAUGGAUUUUUCUGAAAAUUCAACAGAACCUUUGGCAGUUCAUUCCCUGAAAACACCAGAGUAUUCGUCUACAGUGAGUGAACCACACACAACUCAGUAUUAUUUAGAAUCAGAAUCUACAUCCACUGACAGCCUGUCAUUUUCAUCUUCCUCUACAACAAGGCUGUCAGAGCAGGAUUCACUUCCACCAGUUCACCCAUCCACUUUGUUUUCCUCAGCCAAGUCUUCUGUCCCAUCCUCUUUUUCAACAUUCCCAUUAUCAUCAUCUCCACCCACAUCUCUAAUGACAUUUUCGCCCAUGUCUCCAUCCACAAAACCACCCACAUCGCCUUUCUUUCCGUCUGUGUUGCCUUCACUUUCUUCAACACCUUCAUUGUUACAGCCUAGUGAAAGUCUUGAAACCAGUGUUUCUAUGACUGAGCCUGAAGGAACAACUGGAGCAGAACUACACACGACAAGAAAUUCCCAUGACGAAGACAACCAUCUGACUACGGUGCAUCCAUUGGCGAACAACACUAUUCUGAUGGCAACUGGGACUUCUCUUCUGACUGAAAUUACUGAACAGCCUGCCAACCAUUCUUUGCCAAGAACCACUUCCCAAGAGGAAACUAAGGGACAGACACUUACUCUCCCAGGAAUCAGUAUUGAGAAUGAAUCCAUUACAACUACCUCGUCACCCUAUUUCCAAGAAGUGACUACUACUUCUGAGCCAGCAAAAGCAACUACAGCUAUACUGUUGCAUACAAUCCCUCAAAAGGAUACUUUCCCUUCAUCAACAAUAACCAUGGGCAGAAAAACUACAGAAAUAACACACACACCUGGAAGAUUGCCUACUUCAGCAUCAACCAUGAAUUAUUUGUUCACUACAAAGCUUCAAAAAGUUCUGUUGCCCUCUCCUACUGAUAUAUCUUCUUCCCCUGGAAUUCCCACAAAAAUGGUGGAAAAAAGUAGUAUAACUACUGUGAAAACCACAGUGCCCAGGAUUGUUAUUACUUCUCCUCCUUACACCUUAACUUCUCAAAAAACCACCGUUCAGUCUUUUCCUGCUUCACUAAUUCCUUCCAGACCAGCCACAACUGUGAAUCUAGGAAACACAAAGAUAUCUCCAACUGUCUAUGGAAAAGAUGUAGAUGAAUGCCUGCCAAAUCCAUGUCCAUCUAUGUCUACGUGCACUCAUGUGCAAGGUUCAUUCCAAUGCAUUUGUCCCUUGGGCUAUCAGAUGGAAAAGGGAAAAUGUAAUUUGGUAAGGACAUUUGUUGGUCACUUUCCACUAAUGUUUAACACAACCGGAGGGACAUAUGCAGAACUACAUCAAAUUGAAGGAGUUAUCAUAAACCUGCUGAAUGAAUCCCUUUCAACAUUUCCUGGUUAUUAUACUUCAACUGUUAAAGCCUCAAGGCAGGAAGGUAUUGUCCAAAUAUCCAUCCUAAGCACCUUUUCCAUGGCUUCCAACAUCACCUUUUCUGAAGUAAUUGGCACAGUGCAAAGCCGGAUCCAAGCCUGCAAAGCUCCCACCCUACCUUGCCAAUUCAUCUCUAACUUGACCCAACUCUAUAGAGUUGGUGGUCUAUGUAAACAUAAAGAUCCGGAAUGUGACAAAGGGACUUCUGUGUGUGUAGACUUGGAUGGCAUUGCUGUUUGCCAGUGCAAACUUGGAUAUUUCAAAUAUAACAAACUGGAUCAUUCAUGCAGAGCAUGUGAAGAUGGGUAUAAACUCGAAAAUGACACUUGUGUGAGUUGUCCAUUUGGAUUGGGGGGAUUCAACUGCAGGAAUCCAUACCAGCUUAUCACCAUCGUGAUUGCAGGAGCUGGAGGGGGACUUCUGCUCAUUAUGGGAAUAGCUCUCAUAGUCACAUGCUGCCAAAAGAAUAAAAAUGAUAUAAGCAAACUCAUCUUCAAAAGCGGUGACUUCCAAAUGUCACCGUAUGCAGAAUAUCCCAAAAACCCUCGUGUUCAGGACUGGAGCAGAGAAACCAUUGAAAUGCAAGAGAACGGGAGUACUAAAAACCUAUUACAGAUGACGGAUGUUUACUAUAUGCCAACUAAUCUAAGGAAUCCUGAACUAGAAAGAAAUGGGAUCUAUCCGCCUUACACAGGUCUUCCAGGAUCUCGACACUCCUGUAUAUACCCUGGACAAUAUAACCCAACCUUCAUUAGUGAUGACACCAGAAGAAGAGAUUAUUUUUAAUGCAGGUGAAAAAAGGCAGUUGGGUGGCAAAUGAACCUUUGGGUGCAGCAUGUUCCCGGGUAUGCAGUCGUCAGACAACAACUCGGUCACAACUGUGUACAGAAGGGGACUUUGAACCUGUGGAAAAUCUCGGAAGGAGCUGCGCACAAGGAGCCACCUCCAGCUGAGCAAAAAGCAAAAAGAAGACAGGUGCGAAAAGCAAGUCCCAUCAUACGUCUGGUUGUCAGAAAGACACGGAAGAAGCUCAUUCUGCAUAUGUUCCUCACCACUAACCAUGUCACAUAAUGUGAACCUAAUAAUAGAUCGUGAAAGCAAAACUAACAAGCACUGUGGCUGACACGCUAAAUCUGAUGCCAUUAGGGUGUGUUGUGUUUACAGAUAGCUUCUAGUGUGCUAGGUUUGUGUUGCCCACUUUUUUUUUAAUGCAAAGCUGGCUUGAAUGAAUGUUAUGGAGCAAAUCCUUGCCCCUUGGUGUCUACUAGGAGGUACUCACAGCAUGUUGCUUACCGAGUGGUGGAGAUGGGUACGGGAAUAGGGCCUAGAGAUAUGGGAUCCUCAUGCAGAAUCCAAGGUGGGGUUUUAUCCCUCUCCAAAAAGGCAAAAAAAAAAGUGAUGCCCCCCAUGUCCCAUUAUUUAGCUAUGGCCUAAGUUUGUAGCAGUGCUGCUUAACUCAUUGGCCUUAUUCAUUCUUCCCUAUGCUCUCCAGGCCAGAUGCAAAAAAGUUACGUUUAGUUAUGUUCUGUGGAUUUUCUUCCUCUUCUCUAUCUAAUGAGGGUGUAGGUCUGUCUAUGGAGAUUCUCAAUCAUC